GUGUGUCCGAAUGGAGGGAUGAUAAAUCCUUCAACAACUUCAUCUCUUAGUUUUCUCCGCUUUAUUAUGAGAACACUAAAGCAUACAGCAUGUUGAAAGUGUUGCUAUCCUUGUGAAGAAAUGAUAGAUUUCCUCUGACGGAGACUAAGUGCCUAACAUCACCAAUAUGGCUUACACACAAGUCAUUGGAUGUUUAUGUGUCAUUAUGCAAGUUCAGGAGCUCAUGUCCAGCCAGUACAAGCUUCCCAUUGGUCUGAUCUUCGACAAAAGAGACAACAACACCCUUCUCGAAAGGUCUUUAACGCAGCAGUUCAGCCAACAUAAUGACGACAACGAAGAUUUUAUACUGCUACACCAAAGUGAAAGCAUUGAUACAAGUGAUAGCUACAAAGUAUCCCGAACAAUCUGCAAGAUGCUGUCUGCCGGGGCGAUAACUAUCAUAGGAGACAUCAGGCCCCCAGCCCUGGAUACGGUGCUGGACUACAUGAAUGAGACCCACAUUCCUUUUAUCUUCUUAAACAACCCUGCUGACCCCAGGAAGGUCGAGUCUAAGAUAGCCAUGCAGGUGUACAUGGAGCCCAGUAUGACGAAAACUAUAGUAGAUAUUAUACACAACAUUUAUUUUUGGGAGAAGUUCUACUACAUGUAUGAUUCAUUAGAUGCAAUCCCACGAAUCGAACAAAUCCACGACUACCUACACGACGAUCCUAGCGCCAACCCCGACAUCCGACCCCACAAGGUCACUACUGGGGAGUCCUGUUACAAGAUGAUAACAACACUCUACGAAACCAAGAAGUCGGAAGAUUUGAGAAUAAUUCUCGACAUAGAGCCCGUCAAGGCUGAGUUUGUUAUAGAGCAGGUGAUAAAUGACUCAAACAUGCAUAAAUCAAAAUUUCAUUUUGUCCUUCCCUUUUUGAGUAUGAAGUCGAUUCAUCUCCACUCCUAUGUGACUGGGGGCGUCAAUAUCACAGGGUUUGAGCUGUUCAAGGAAGGAAAAGUUUCCUAUUUCAGGAAAGACAAUAUCAAACCUGUCAAGAUUUAUGAGCAGCUCUCUGCCGACACCUUAAAUCUACUGCUGCACAGUUUUGCUACACUACAGAGCCGCCAGGGUUCCAUCUCAGUUUUUGCCGAUGUUGUUGGUUGGCAAAACAGCCAGAACACUUGCUCUCCCCAGCUUGGUGGAAAGUGGAAAUACGGAUCUACUCUAGCUCAAGUCUUUCAGAAUACUAACAUGACAGGAAGGAGUGGUAUCAUUCACUUUCAGCCCAAUGGACAGAGGCGAGACUUCAGUGUUGAUGUGCAAGAAGUGACUAUGUACAGAGGCAUCACCACUUUAGGAACAUGGGACUUUAAAGUUGGCUUUAGAGUUCAUGGAGAAGAGCAAGUUUUAGACAAAGCAAAUAGAACAAUAGACAACAGAACAAGAAUAGUCACCUCUGUUGAGGAAGAGCCUUAUUUAAUGCCUGCGACUGAGAUCUUUGGUGGAAUACCCUUAGUUGGACGCUUUAGAUUUGUGGGAUACUGUUCUGACCUGGCAGAGAUGGUGUCACGUAAUGUUGGAUACGAUUAUCACAUCCGAUUUGUGCGUGACAAACAGUAUGGGAAGAAGAGGGAUGAUGGAACAUGGAAUGGAGUAAUAGGAGAGUUGAUAAAACAUGAAGCUGAUAUUGCCAUAGCACCACUAACAAUCACUUCUGAUCGUGAAAAAGUUUUGGAUUUUACUAAACCAUUUAUGAGUUUAGGAAUUUCUUUAAUGAUAAAAAAGCCAGCAGACACAGACCCACACGUUUUCUCUUUUAUGGCACCAUUGUCACAAGAAAUCUGGCUGUGCACGAUAUUUGCCUUUAUUGGUGUUAGUGUUGUUUUGUUUCUGGUCAGUCGAUUUAGUUCAGAAGAAUGGCAAGUUGAUGCUGACUCAAAAUUGGAAAAUGAUUUCACCAUUGGAAACAGUUUGUGGUUUUCACUUGGUGCCUUUAUGCAACAAGGCUGUGAUGUUUUGCCAAAGUCAGUAUCAGGUCGGAUUGUUACAAGUGUCUGGUGGUUUUUUACACUGAUCAUCAUCUCCUCAUACACAGCCAACUUGGCAGCUUUCCUAACCACCAUGAGGAUGAGUGGGAGUAUUAGAUCAGCUGAGGAUUUGGUCAAGCAAACUGAGAUUAAAUAUGGACCCUAUAAAAAUGGAAGCACCUACAUGUUUUUUAAUCAAACUACAGUUUCAUUAUAUCAACGAAUGUGGUCAUUCAUGAACUCACAGCAAGAUGUAUUUGUUAACAAUAAUGAAGAAGGCAUAGAAAGAGUGCGCAAAAGUAAUGGACAAUAUGUUUUCCUUAUUGAGUCAACUCUUAAUGAAUAUUAUAAUUCAAGAUUACCUUGUGACACAAUGAAGGCUGGGAACAACUUGGAUUCUAAAGGCUAUGGCAUAGCAACCCCAAUGGGCUCAGACAUAAGAGAUAAGCUCACUCUAAGUAUACUUCAGUUAAGAGAAGAUGGAGUUCUUGAUGAACUUAAAAAGAAAUGGUGGAUUGAAAAAUCACAAUGUCCAUUAGAAACUGUAUCAAAGGACCCUGAUGCAUCUCUAACACUCUCCAAAGUGGCUGGAAUCUUCUACAUUUUGGUGGCUGGACUAGCUUUGUCUGUUAUUUCUGUAAUACUUGAAUUUCUUUAUAAAACUAAAGUGGAUUCAAGAAAACAGAAUAUUUCAUUUGGAUCUGAAGCUAGAUCAAAAUUUCGCCUUUCUAUAAGUGGUCAUUCUGAAGAUGACCCCAAUGAACAAAGGACACCUUUAAAAUCAUCAACUUCAUUUGCCAUGCCACAGGUUUCUCUUGAUAGCAAGACAUCUUUAUAUAAAACACAAACUCUAGUCUAGAAGCUUUCACCAGAAACACAAGGAAAGCUAGAUGGUUGUGAUAAGCUUUGAACUCAGUAUUUUACUAAUGUAUGUUCUUAUUUCUUUAUGCAUUUAACUUUAGUUUUUUAAAUAAUUGUAGUAUUUCAUAUUAAUUAAGUGUAAGUUUAACAAUUAUUUUUUAAUUCUGAAAAAAUUUACUUCUAUUAUCAAUAGUAUUUUCUUACUUUAACUGGUACAUAAUCUAGGGGACAUAACUAUGCAACUUUAUUUGUAUUUAUGAAUAAAAACAUGCCCCUUCCCCAAAAGGUGAAAAUUUAAAAAAUGAAGCAAUCCACAAAAUGUGCAAUGAAUAUAAUGUGUUUUAGUUUCUAGUAAAGCAUGUUAACAUUUUUGCCAUUAAAAUUUAAUUGCAAAUUACUGCAAAGCUGUUAAUAACAAGUUAUGCAUUUUUAAAAAAUAAGCUAUGUAAUGGUCUAUAAUGAGAGUUUUUUUUUGGUUUCUUUCAGUCAUUUGAGUAAGCCAACAUCAGUUUAUUAUUAAACCUCAAAUAAACUGGAAAAACUAAAUUAUUGCAGAUGUUUCUUAAACAAAAGUAAAUUUUAUUAUUAAGAGUGUUUUCAAUAGAAUGAUAUAGAAGAACAAUGAAUUAGAAUGUGGAGAGAGGAACUAUAGGCUUUUUGUCAAAGUUUAAAUAAAUACAAUAUUCAAGUCAUGCUGUUUCCAGAUAACUAACAUUACACUACGAAAGAAAAUAUCUGAAGAUUUUCUUUUAACUGGUUUCUAUGGCGCAGGGAAAAAACUAGUUGGAGACAAAUACUGGUAUCUAAAAUAUAUUAUUCACACUCAAACUCACUUUUAUUCUAUUAAACAAAGUGCUAUAAUUAUAUGAAGUUUUCAGUGAAAUAUGACUUUAUUGUAUCGGUUAGAACAUUGUUUAAGGUAUCUCUUUAAUAAAACUAUUUUUCUGCACUUGUUUUAAUAUUUCUGCUUUUUAUUGUUGCAUUUUGCAUUAUGAUGCAGUUUUACUAUGGUUGCAUUAUGUUAAGUGCACUAUUCUGUGCAUAUUUCAUGUGUAUAUUUAAAUUAAUUUCUCAAUUUAAAUUUGUAAUUUCUUCAGUUUUUUUUAAAUUAGAGUACAUUAUUUACAAAAUGAACUGAUGAAAAUAUCAAGAUAAACACUCAUUUAUUAGAUAAAGUUACAGGAAAUAAUUGAUUUAACAACAUUUUUUUUUUUAAAUACACGAACAGCUGUCAUGGUCAGCGUAUUUUACUAACAGCUGCCAUGGUCAGUGUAUUUUAAGCUGCCGUGGUCAGUGUAUUUUACUAACAGCUGCCAUGGUCAGUGUAUUUUAAGCUGUCAUGGUCAGUGUAUUUUACUAACACAAUUUACUAAUUGGAUUACAUUCACAGAAAUAACACUGUGACAUACAAUAACUACAACUGUUUACAAAUAAGACCUAUUUAAAACAAUACACCAUUACCAAAAGUUGCUUAGAUUUACUUUACACUGUGAUCUUUCAGACACCCAUGUUCACCAUUUUAGAGAACAGCCUAAAUUAACCUGAUGUUUCAUUUCCUCAUUAUGUUCAUCAUGUUCAUCUUUACAAUGCUAAAUCAAUAUUUUUUUUUCUGUAUAACGUCUGUCAGGUAGGCAUACAAUCAUUUAUGAGAGAUUUCAUUAUCCCCCCCACAGCGAUUGUAGAUUCCCAAGUUCAUUAGCAGUUUGGUAAUUAAUUCAUUUAAUUAAAAAUAAGUUUUUAUUUUAUUUAUUUUUUGUAUUUUAACUUCCACAUGUGAUUACUUUGUUAAAAGCAUUACAUCAAUUGGUACAUUGUAGAGCCUUAGAGACCUAAUUUUUUUUUUAUAAACUCAAGUCUAUUGUACAUUGUACUGAGACUUGACUUGUAUAUUUUGUACAAUCUGGAAUUUAUAGAGAUGUUUAAAGUCACUGCAUUGACAUGCCAAGAUAAAAUAUGGUUUACAUUGUGUUAUCAGCUAAAGAAAAAAUAAUUCAGCAAAGUUUUCACUGAUGGUAUUCAGCUUUGUGGAUGUAUGUAGAGAAUGUAGCAAGCUCUGAAGGAUAGUGUUUAUCUUGACGUGGGUCAUGAAACAGUCAUGAAGUUUGGUGAAGAUUGGGUCAACAUUUUGUUACCUUAUGUGGGUGAAGAGGUUAGUAAUUAGAGGUUAUUUAAGUAAAAAUUUAAAAAAUCGUGGGGGACGGAGUGGUCUAGCGAGAGCUAACCUGUUAGUCUCGAGUUCGAAUCCGGGUUCAAGUCAGUAGACCGUCCCUGAGUCCACCCAACUCUGAUGGGUACCUAAAUCACGUUAGGGUAAGGAAAGGCGGCUGGGCAUAGUGCUGACCACACUAUUUCUUCAUAUGCUGAGGUCACAGAAACAUGUGAACUCUACUUCACUUGCCAUAUAGACCGUCAGGUUUGAAAAGGGAACUUCGCUUGUUUUUUUACAAAAAACUUAUAGAGCUAUGCUAGAGUUUUGUAAUGCUAUUGUAGAUUGUGAUGGGGGGGGGGGCGCUGGCUUUAUGUGUGAAGUGAUGAACGGAAGGAAUAAAGCUAAAUAAAAAGGUUUCUUAUAAAGAGAUGUUUAAACAUUUUUCUAAAUAAGAAUACACGGAUAGUCAGUAAACGUUACAAAAACAUCGAUAAUAUGUAUAUAGUUUAAUACUGCCAUGAUAAUUCACCUUUCCUUGAAUUAUAAUACCGAAAUUAAUAUUUUUUAUACUCAGUGCUGUUUAAUUGUUUUGUGUGUCCCGUUAAGUGUUUCCAUUUUUUGCAUUUUCAAUAAUCACACAAUGUCCAAUUUUUCCUGCACUUUCUUGUGUUCUAAAGAUAAUAAUGUUAGAUUCUUGUUAUUCAUAGUAUAAGAGCUAUGAAAUUUGUUGCUAACAUUUGUCAUGUCUUGGGGAA